UUUUUUUUUUUCUAUUACCAUUUUAUUAUAUCUUUUUGAGAAAAAAAAAUGAUCACUGCAAGAUAUGAACCUUUAUUAUUCCCAAGAGAACGUUCACCUUCUCCUCAUCUUAGUUCCUCGCGUUUUACACCUUCAACACCAUCCACUCCAACCAAUUCAAAAAAUGACACUGAUGAUAUUGAUCGUUUUAUGGAAUUAGCUCAUGCUGCUUUAGAAGAAGCUACAAAAGAAGAAGAUGCAAAAGGUGUUCUUCAAGAAUUAGUAGAACGUGUUUUGGCCAGAACAGGUGCUCCCUUAAUGGCAGGUGUCAUUGCUGAACAAUUACGUAGUCAAGAAGUCAUUGAACAAUUAGCUGAAAAAAGUUAUGAACGACAACGAAGAAGACAGAUACAAAAAUAUUCUACGACUUUCAAAUCACAAAAACGACGAAAUUAUUCAUCAGUUAAUAAUACUUUAUCGCAGGACGAAGGUAAUCAUUCAUUAUCAGCACCACCAUCAACAACAACUUUAAUAUCAUCGUCAUCAUCAUCAUCAUCACAAAGAUUAACCGUAUCAGCACCUUCAUCAUCAUUAUCAUCAUCAUCAUCAUCAUCGUCAUCAUCAAUAUCAUGUUUAUCCAAUAUAUCAUCAUUAAAAGAUCCUCAAGAUCCGGAAACUUUGGAUGAAGCAGUGACUCGAGAUCAAUUUGUGAUUCAACAACAAUUACAUACUGAUGAUACUAAACAUGAUUCUUUAUUACUGAUAUCUGAAUAUAUUUGGCGAUUAUUCCGACUUUUGAUAUUAGCAAGUCUAGUGGCUUUAAUAUAUCAUUAUGUAUGUGCCUAUCCCCAACAAUUCUUCAUUUGAUUCCUUUUUAUAUAUAUUUAUAUAUAUCUUACAUAGUAUCCCCCCUUUCCUUUAUUUUUUUUUCUUUUUAUAUAUACUUGAAGAAACCAUCUAUUAUCUAUCUAUAUACAUAUACACAUACAACAAAAAAAAAGAAAAAGUUUCUUCUUCCCUAUUCCUGUUUUUCCCUUAGUAUAGUUUUCAUUCUUUUUAUACAAUCAAUUCAUCAUAAAUAAAUAAAUAAAAAAAAAGAUUAUCUUUAUUGUCCUAUA